AUGCAACCUCUCAGCCUGCUCCUGGCUGCCCUCUUUGGCACCGCCGCCCUUGCCGUGCCCACCUCCUUUGAUCAUGACUACUCCGAACUGGCGGAGCGUGGCGUGGACAUUAACAAUUUCAUCAAUGCCAUCCUCAACUACUUCCCCGGCCAGAUGGCUCUCCAGGACGCCUGUUCCAUCAUCGGCAAGGGCGAGACCCUGCUAGGCAAGGCCUUUCAGCUGCUGCCCGACUCCAACAGCAACGGCUGCGACGACGUGACCAUUGUCUAUGCGCGCGGCACCUGCGACCCCGGCAACGUUGGCAUCCUCGUCGGGCCGCCCUUCUUCGCCGCCGUCGCAGCCGCGAUUGGUGGCAAGAGCCUCAACGUCCAGGGCGUUGCCUACCCGGCCAGCAUCGACGGGUAUCUCAGCGCCGACAAGGCCGCCGGCCAGACCAUGGCCCAGAUUGUACGUGAUACUCGCGCUGCCUGCCCGAACACCAAGAUUGUCAUCAGCGGCUACUCGCAAGGCGGCUUCGCGGUCCAUAACGCGGCGGAUGCGCUGGGUGGCGACAUGUCCAAUGUCAGCGCCGCCGUCAUCUUUGGCGACCCCAUGUCCCACACGCCCGUGGCCAACAUUGACGCGAGCAAGGUGCACGUCGUGUGCCACGAAGGCGACGACAUCUGCAACCAGGGCGCUCUCAUCUUGCCCCAGCAUCUCACGUAUGCCAUUGAUGCCGCAUCUUCCGCGGCUUGGCUGGCAUCGAAGAUCUGA